AUGAUUUGGUUUCUAUUCACUGCAAUCACGUUUUUCCCUGGUUUUGUUGUAAGCAUUUCCCUUUUCUAUCGGACCAGCUGGGCGCUUUUUCAGGCGAGCGUCGACCUGAAAGCCCUUUUUUCGACUUCGGAAGAGCCCGUCGACGUGUUCUGCCGAUUCCUUUUCUUCACCUACGUCGCCGCGUUUCUCGUCGCCGUCAUCUCGGCUCACGUCUAUGCAACGGUGAGUUACACGGGGACAAUACUGUUUGAGACCGCCCUUUUAUUUCACUGAUUCAUGUGAACGCAUCGGAUGUCUAUAGUAUCGGCCUGAAAGAACCUUAACCUGAUUCAAAAAGGGAAAACAUCGGGCUUCUACAGUACACUAUGUUUAAAGGCGCAUACCUUGCAAUCCAGAUUAUAAAGAGGUCCGAUGUUUUUUCCAAAGCAUAAGUUUGAGUUCAUAAUAAUAAUUACUUUUGGUUAGACCACCCAGUAGUCAAUGUUUUCCAACACGGUCAGAGUUGAGCGGAAUCUGAACCCGACAGUCACAGUAUAGCUACGUCAAAAAAUAAAUGCAAGAAAGUGAAACUGGAAUGCCUGAACACAAAUGUUUCGCAACAGAAAAUCGACAACCAAUUCGUUUUUCAGAUCGUGCGUCCGGAAAAACGACAGUACACGUACGCCUUAAACCCGACGCCAAGCAGCGAAAACGACUCUUGA